AAAAAUCAAUUACAUACUCCAGUCGCAAGGUAAAAAUGUUAAAAUUAACUCAGUUCGUUGUGUUGGCUUUGGCCGUUUGUCAUUUCGGUCAAGUUUUGGCCAUAGAAGGAGGUGAACCAGCUGCUGAUGGCGAAUUUCCUUAUAUGGUAUCUGUGAGAGACUCGCGUAAUAACCAUAUUUGUGGAGGUACAAUUAUCGGAGAUAUUUGGAUUCUAACAUCUAGUAUUUGCAAUACGAGAAGUUGGGGUGGAUAUGUUAGGUAUGGAUCAAAUCUAUUGGACGAUAAUGGUCAGUUGCCUGUGAAUGACAGUUUAAACAUUAUAAAAGUAAAUUAUUCGAUGUAUAACGAAUGGGCUUCUGACCUUCCACCCUAUACACACGAUUUGAAUUUAAUUCGUCUCGAGGAACCUAUACAAUUCAGUGAAACGGUCCAGCCUGUCCAGCUGCCAGUUUUGGACCAAGAAUGGCCAUAUAAUCAAACAGCCACGAUCCUAGGUUGGGGCAAACCUCAUUAUUGGAGAAGCCAGGUGCAUCUUCAAAAGGCUAACGUUCCAUUAUAUACGGACGAAUAUUGUCAUGACUACGAAUUUGAAAAUUGGAAAAUUCCUGAUGUUUUUGUUAUGAAAUGUGGUGGUGUAGUAAAUCAAACAUUCCAUUGUUUUAACGACUAUGGAGGCCCAGUUAUCUAUGAUGGAAUACAGUAUGGUAUACUGUCCUACGUCUACAAUAGUGCCGAUGCAGAAUACGUGUGUGGACAGUUUCCAAGCAUUUAUUCUCCAGUUUCCUACUUUAGAGAGUGGAUCAAAGAAGCAACUGGCAUUUAAAACAUCUUAAAUAGAAUAUAUACAUAUAAAUAAAUAAAUUGCAUUAGUUUA